GCCAGCAGCACAGUAGUAGCAGCAGCAGCUAGUAGUCCUGGGACAGUUGUAGUCCAAGUAGCUUUCCAGAGAGUUGUGAUGGUUUUAAAUCUUUUACUAUGUCUGAAAUGCUACUGAAAGAUAUGGAAGAGAUUUCUCUCGGGCCUGUUAAAAUGGACGAGCAGAAGGAAAAUGGACGGAGUUUUCUCCUGGUGGACGAAAACGAAAGCUUGCAGGUGAAGAACGAAGCAGAGUUUUUGCAGAAGUUGGGCUGCAGCGCUGCUCAAGGAGUCAAAGUGCUUUCUAUCUUCGGUAACACGGGCGACGGCAAGUCCCACACUCUCAAUCACGUGCUUUUCAGUGGUGAAGAGGUGUUCGCCACGUCUCCUUCUCCGUCCUCAUGCACGGUGGGCGUAUGGGCUGCUUACGAGCCGCGUCUGAACCUGAUAGUGCUGGACACGGAGGGCCUGCUCGGGGCCGCCAGUCAGCAGAACCGCCGGAUGCGUCUGCUGCUGAAGGUUCUGGCCGUAUCAGACAUGGCCAUCUACCGCACGCGGGCCGAGAGGCUGCACAACGACAUGUUCCAGUUCCUCGGCAGCGCAUCGGCUGCUUACCUGAAGCACUUCACACCUGAGCUCCGCGCUCUGUCUAGCCGCUGUGGGCUGGACGUGCCUCUCUCCAGCCUGGGACCUGCUGUUAUAGUUUUCCAGGAGACUUUUCGCACUCAGCUGCUAGGCCAGGAUGGCUCUGUCCUGGGGCAAGCAGACACACUUCUGCAAAAGCGCUUCCAUGACUUGGGCCAGAGCACAGACGCCUUCAGCUCUGUUCAGUACGUGGGCACCCAAACCAUUACUCCCCCCACAGACUACUCACAGUUACUGCAGAUUGUCAAUCAGCAGGUGAACAACACAUCCCAGCGAGCCCCGCGCCAGCCUGCCAUUGUGUUCAGUGCAUUGCAGGCCUUGAGCAACAGAUUCUGUGGCGAGAUCUCAGAUGACAAAAUCAGCAUAUGCUCCUUUUUUCCUGAUGAAUAUUUCACUUGCCCAUCAGUCUGUCUCAGCUGCAAUGUUCGGUGUAAGAAUGGCAUGAACCACCAGAAAGACGGGGUCUCACACAUGGCCGAUGGAUUAUGCCAGUAUGCCCACCAAUACAACAAUAAAGUUCUCAUUUGUAAGAGGUGCUAUGAGAGCGGAAGAGAAGUGAUGGUCAUACCGAAAACAUCUGCCUCCACAGAUAACCAAUGGUUUGGUUUGGCCAAGUAUGCAUGGUCAGGCUAUGUUUUAGAGUGUGCCAGCUGUGGCAUCAUCUACCGCAGUAGACAGUACUGGAUGGGCAACCAGGAUCCAGAGAGCAGUGUGGUGCGGCCAGAGGUCAAGCAUGUCUGGCAGGGGACCGAUGCCUUCCAGACAGACCAUCAGAAUGCAGCUCAGCGGGUUUUGGAUGGAAUGAAUUACUUAAUCCAAUCAGUGACAGAAUACAGCUCAGGCCCAACUAAAGUCGUCACUGCCUGGCUCACAGACCAGGUGGCUCCACCCUACUGGAAACCCAACUCUGAAAUCAUUGAAUGUCAUGGUUGUAAAAGAGCGUUUGAGGAGGCGGAGAGGAAACACCACUGUCGGGCAUGUGGGGAGGGUUUCUGUCAGGCCUGCUCCACUCACAGCAUGCCAGUGCCCGAGAGGGGCUGGGGCGGCACCCCUGUACGAGUGUGUGAUGCCUGUUACCGGCAGGGAGCACCCCAGCACACUGGACAGGGUGAGGACAUUGUUCUCUUUUAAAAUACGCUGUGAUG